AUGACAAGCACAUCAUCAAGAAAAGCAAAGUCAAUGAGUCUCCCUACCAGAGCCGUUCUCCAGAUCCCUCCAGCUCAACUGACCAUUGAUGCCCUCACCCAAGAUAAGUUGAAUAAGGAAUACCGACGUUCUAUGGUUGUACGUUCGUACAAUGAUGAACUCAAGUAUUUGGAGAAGAUCUCUCCGAAUAGCUGGAGGAUUAAGAAGGGGUUUCAGCCAAACAUGAACGUGAGCCCAGGAUUCUUUAGUCGAAAUAUGGCAGCAUUUGACAUGGGAGACCCAAAAGCUGUUGUAUCUCCAGGGGGUGUAGGAUUUGACAUCAACUGUGGUGUGCGACUGCUUCGCACGAACCUCACGUUCAAAGAUGUCCUUCCUGUGAAAGAACACUGUGAAGAGUAUGGUCGGAUGCUGAAUGCUGAUCCUGCAAAGGUUAGCCUUCGUGCAAAAAAAAGAGGUCUACCUCAGUUGGGAACCCUCGGAGCUGGAAAUCACUAUGCAGAAAUCCAGGUUGUAGAGGAAAUAUUUGAUAAAUGGGCAGCUUGCAAGAUGGGAAUCGAGGCAAAGGGUCAAAUUUGCGUGAUGAUUCAUUCUGGGAGCCGAGGUUUUGGACAUCAAGUGGCCACAGAUGCCUUGGUGGCUAUGGAGAAGUCAAUGAAACGAGAUGGGAUUGAAACCAAUGACCGACAGCUGGCAUGUGCAAGGAUCUCAUCUUCAGAAGGACAGGAUUAUUUGAAGAGCAUGGCUGCUGCUGCCAACUUUGCUUGGGUCAAUCGCAGUUCCAUGACUUUUCUCACCCGCCAGGGUCGAGCAUUAUCCCGUGCCAAAUCUCGCCGCAAUAUUGACUAUCAAGAUGUUCUGGAUAGGCUUCAGGAAAUGGGAAUUUCCAUCAGAGUGGCAUCUCCAAAACUUGUCAUGGAAGAAGCCCCAGAGUCCUACAAGAAUGUGACUGAUGUGGUGGAUACGUGUCAUGCUGCUGGUAUCAGUAAAAAAUGCAUCAAGCUCAAGCCCAUUGCUGUCAUUAAAGGUUAAGAGGCUCUCUGAAAACUAUCAAGAAGCAUCCCAGAAUGGUCUUUCUGCAAGAAUCCAUUCUCUGAAACAUGCCAAAGAAAGUUACUUCUACACUGAGCCUACCAGAUGAGCUUCUUUAGCAAGAUGAGCUUCCUUAGCUCAUUAACAUUUUUUGAGAAUGCAGUAUGACCCCAGACAUGAAAAAUUUAGGACAUCUGGACUUGGACUGGAAAGAACCUUAUAAGCCAUCUGAUUCCAUCCAACUGUGAUGCUAUGUGGUCUUCAUUCUAAUAAAUUUUUCCUUUGUGCUCA